AUGUACUGCUCGCAGACUUAUGCUAUGGGGUACAUCUUUGGGGUUCUCUAUUAUGCCACCCUGAGUAUGUAUCGCAUCGACAGAGUGACCCGAUUCCAGGCCCCGUUCAUCACCUUCGCGUUAUUGAAUGCUGUCUAUUGCUGCGUUUGGGACCUUGCUAUGGACUGGAGUUUAGGGAACCCAUAUGCGAAACACCCCCUUUUACGCGAGGUCCUGGCUUUCCACAGAGCCUGGGUCUACUAUGUAGCCAUGGUUGUCGAUGUCGUAGUGCGAUUCAACUGGAUAUUCUAUGCCAUAUUCGCUCACGACAUCCAACAUUCGGCUGUGCUCAGCUUUGUGGUAGCGUUCUCCGAGAUUUCGCGAAGGGGUAUAUGGACGAUAUUUCGAGUGGAGAACGAACAUUGCACGAAUGUGCUACUUUUCCGAGCGUCAAGAGACGUGCCCCUACCUUAUGAAGUGGCCUCCCCACAUACAGAAUUGGACCAACCAACCGAAGAAAUGGUGGUUCAAGAGCCACAGCAGCCCACUCCUCAACCUCCUGCGGCCGAUAUAGAACACGGAACUCCACCUACGCCUGGUACAUCCCUCCGGGCACGCGGCUUAUCCCGAGUUGGAACCAUUCUGGCCUCCGCCCAUGCACAAGACUUCCAGCGCAGAAAGCGACCGGAGGAUCUGGGCGGUGCAUCUUCGUCUCAGAGAAACGCAGACACCCCUGACGACAGCAGCGACGACGACGACGACGACCCGACCGACACCAGACCCUAUUCAGAUAAUAUCAUUAACCCCCCAAAAGAACAGUCCACGUAA